GAAGCAAGUGGGCUUGUGCUUAUAAUGUCGGACAGUUACACUAGGCUGUCAUUGAGAAAGUGACUUUAUGCUAUUUUCAUUCAUGUAUUGGUUUGAAGUUCACUUUUUUCUUCUUUUUUUCGUGGGAAGUUCAAAAUUUUAUUGCAGCUUAUGGAGGAGGGGAUGCAUUAGAUCAAGUUUCAGUGUUCACUUAAUCAUGUUCUUGAUUUUUUGCCUUUCCGGUUUUCUAGAUUUUGUGAGAUUGAAAUAAGACUUGUACUUGAUUUGUGUUCGUCUCCCAUUCAGGUGAAGGGUAAAAACUCAAAACCAUGCUUCUCAACUAGACGUUGCAGCCACAUCCAUCUUAGUUUGUUUAUACAGCUUGUGAAAAUUGUUUCUAACUCCUUAAUCACAACGACUGCAUGCUCAUCAUAAGAAUUUUGUGUUGAUCCAGUUGAGCUUGAACAGCUCGAGCUCUGUAGACUCCGUCCCCCGUUCGGUCUUCUUGGGCAGCAGCCUAAAGAAGGUGAACUCCAGAUUCACCUCCCCAAAGGUUUCAUCCGGCAGCUUCAAGGUUGUCGCUGAAGUUGAAGAGGACAAGCAGACCAACAAGGACAAAUGGAAAGGCCUCGCCUUCGAUACUUCUGAUGACCAACAGGACAUCACCAGAGGAAAGGGGAUGGUUGAUUCACUCUUCCAGGCUCCCAUGGGGACCGGAACUCAUUAUGCGAUCAUGAGCUCAUACGAUUACAUCAGUGCUGGCCUUCGCCAAUACAACCUGGACAACAACAUGGAUGGUUUCUACAUUGCUCCUGCUUUCAUGGACAAGCUUGUAGUUCACAUCACCAAGAACUUCAUGACUCUCCCUAACAUCAAGGUUCCUCUGAUUUUGGGUAUCUGGGGAGGCAAGGGUCAGGGCAAAUCCUUCCAGUGUGAACUUGUCUUUGCCAAGAUGGGAAUCAACCCCAUUAUGAUGAGUGCCGGAGAACUGGAAAGUGGAAACGCUGGUGAGCCCGCAAAAUUGAUCAGGCAAAGGUAUCGUGAGGCAGCUGACAUCAUCAAGAAGGGCAAGAUGUGCUGCCUCUUCAUCAACGAUCUCGAUGCUGGUGCUGGUAGGCUCGGUGGGACCACUCAAUACACUGUGAACAACCAGAUGGUGAACGCUACCCUCAUGAACAUCGCUGAUAACCCGACCAAUGUCCAGCUCCCCGGUAUGUACAACAAGGAGGAGAACCCCCGGGUCCCCAUCAUCGUCACUGGUAACGACUUCUCCACACUGUAUGCCCCUCUCAUCCGUGACGGUCGUAUGGAGAAAUUCUACUGGGCACCAACUCGCGAAGACCGCAUUGGUGUUUGCAAAGGUAUCUUUAGGUCCGACAAUAUCCCCGAUGAAGACAUUGUCAAACUCGUUGAUAACUUCCCCGGCCAAUCUAUUGACUUCUUUGGUGCCCUGCGUGCUCGUGUCUAUGAUGACGAAGUAAGGAAGUGGAUCUCCGGUGUUGGAGUUGACAGCAUUGGAAAGAAGCUCGUGAACUCAAAGGAGGCCCCAACUUUCGAGCAGCCGAAGAUGAGCCUCGACAAGCUCCUUGAGUAUGGAAACAUGCUCGUUCAGGAACAGGAGAACGUGAAGAGAGUCCAGUUGGCUGACAAGUACUUGAGUGACGCCGCUCUCGGUGAUGCCAACAAAGAUGCCAUGGAGAGCGGAACCUUCUUCAGCUAGAAUGCUCACUCUGGAAGUUUGAUUGUUUGGUGUGUUCAUCUGUCGUUCCUAGUGGUAGCAAAAUGAGGAGUCAUAAGCUCAUACUUUAUGAAUGCAAGCAAGCAACGGAUUCCUUUCACAUGACAAGAACUAGUUUCGACAGCCAGAAUUGAGAGCUGUAGUUGCAAGCACCAGGACAUCCUGUCUUUGUUGUUUCUUUUUUGUGCUAUAUUAAAAAAAAAAAAAAAAAUCUUGAUGUUUGGGCAAUC